AUGCCUGAAACUCACCAGCUGAUCCGGGCUGUCCUGGCUGUCCGUUGGGUCCGGGUGGUCCUUGAGGUCCAGCGCUUCCAGCUGGUCCAGGUUCUCCGGGAACGAGAGGAGUUGAGGCUGCAGGGGCUCCAGCCUGUCCAGGGCCACCUGUGCUCCGGGUUUCCGUUGGGUCCGGAAGGUCCCUUUGGUCCAGGAGGACCGGGCUGUGCACCGUUUCCUGGAGCUCCAGGUUGUCCAUCACGUCCAGCAUCUCCAGGUGGUCCUGGAGGUCCGGCUGGUCCAGCGGGUCCUUGUGGGCAUGGCUUGCAUGGAGGAGGAGUGACUGGGUCACAUGGCUGCUGUGGUGGGCGUCCUGGAUUUCCUGGCAGACCAGGUGCUCCAGGCUUUCCUGGGCGACCGGGCUGGCCAGGGGUUCCAGCAGGCCCAGCAGCACCAGGAAGGCAACCAAGAGUCGCAGCGACCACCAGCGCUAGCAGAUCCUCCGCUUACUCCGGCAUCACCGUAUCCAGCCUGACGGGCGGUUCUGUUUCCGGCUGGGAUGUUCUUGAGGUGGUUGACUUCGCUCCAGAUGUCCUUGGCGGAUUCCUUGCAGAAGCUGAUCUCAUUGUGCAUGGUCCUCUUGACGUGAUGGACAUAGUUGUAGACCAUCGGCAGCGUGACGCAGACCGAAAGGACUGCGACCACCGAGAAGGUGACCGCCGAAUAGGCGACGAAGCGGUAAGCCUUGAUGCGGUGCUCGAGGUCCAUGCUGAACGAGAGCAGUGCCGGUUGAGGCAAAGCCUAUUCAUGAAAAUUGUCACACCAGUGACGCGAGCACGCUCAGUGCUCUGCAAAGAAAGGAAAGCGAAAAGAAGUCGAAGAACAAUAUUUCCAGUGCAGAAAGUGAAUAUGCGAUCUUUGGGUCGAGAGCAGUCUUCCAGUCGCUGA